GAACAACCUACCAUACCAUGACUCUCCACUCUCAAACUUCAUCAAGCUCCACCGAUGAUUAUUCCAUGGCGGCAAAACCCCUUCUUUCCCAGCCCAGUCUUCCUUCAAUCCCUUCCCUGGCAUCGUUUCUCCACCACGACCAAACCCACAACUGCCACUGCAUAGCCACUCUCAAGCCUCACAGCUCCUACACGUCCUCCCUCGUCCUCGCCGGAAAACACCUCUUCACGGCCUCCUCCGACCGGGAAAUCCGCAUGUGGAAGCGCAGGAGGGCCGAGGAGGAAGAUGAUGGCCAUGUUUGGUCUUAUGUGAAUUAUUCUCCCGCCGGAGCCGCCGUGACGGCGGGGAAAGGCGCGGUGAAGUCGCUGGUGGUUUUGUCCGACAAGAUAUUCAGCGCCCACCAAGACCACAAGGUUCGGGUGUGGAGAAUCGACGAGGAGGAGCGUGAGUUCACGCGCUUGGCCACGCUGCCGAAGCUCUCCGACCGCGUCGUCAAGUUUCUCCUCCCGAGUAGCCGCGUCCGGAUCCGGCGACACAAGACGGCCACGUGGGUCCACCACGUGGACGCCGUGUCGGCGUUGGCGCUCUCCGCCGACACCUCUCUUCUCUACUCCGUCUCGUGGGAUCGGACGCUCAAGAUUUGGCGGACUUCUGACUUCAAAUGCAUGGAAUCCGUCGCUAAUGCACAUGAUGACGCCAUUAACGCUUUAGCAGUUUCUCAGGAUGGGCAUGUAUAUACAGGAUCAGCGGACAAGAAAAUCAAGGUAUGGCGAAAAUCCUCGCCGGAGAAGAAGCAUUCUCUAGUUGCCACACUAGAAAAGCACAAUUCCGGGAUAAACGCCCUAGCCGUGGGAAACGGCGGCGCGGUUUUAUAUUCCGGCGCCUGCGACCGAUCAAUUCUGGUAUGGGAGAGAGCACGAAAAGAUGGCGGCGGCGGAGGCGGCGCCGCCGUGGCGGUGGUGGGUGCGCUCCGGGGACACACCAAAUCCAUUCUGUGUUUGGCGGUGGCGGCGGAUAUAGUGUGCAGCGGCUCGGCGGAUAAAACGGUUAGGAUUUGGAGGGGCGUGGAGAGGUGCUACUCUUGCCUGGCGGUUUUGGCCGGCCACGGUGGUCCGGUGAAGUGUCUGACGGUGGCGCGUGACUUCGUUGAUGGCCGGAAAGAUGAAACGAUAUCCAAAUAUGUACUGUACAGUGGUAGCUUAGAUGGUGACAUAAAGGUUUGGCAAAUUUCUUUGAGCUUUUAGAAAAAGUUGUGUGCCUAUUAAUUAACAUAUUAUGUAGAUAUAGAAAUAUAGGAUAAGGAAAAUAUAUAUACUCCUACUUCUAGAUUCUACUAUGAACUUUUAUCCACAAGAUAAAGAUAACUGGUCACAUCAGGGAUAAAAGUGAGGGAGUAGAAAUAGAAAGUGCAUGUAAUAGAAUGCAUAGGAUAAUGUUAGGUGUAUUACUAUUUUUUUUAAUUUUUUUUUUACAAAAUUUUGUCUUAUGUAAUGUAAUUUUAUCUAAGAAAAAAAAACUAUGUAUCAAUGACGCAAAUAAUGCUCAAAAAUAUAUGUAACAUCACUAUGAAUUACGAAA